GACUUGCAGACGUUUUACAACGUUUUAUGUUUUUUAAAAGAAAGUAAUCGCUCAAAGGGUUCGUCCACCAAUAUAUGCCAAGACAUCCCGCUUGCGGAGGGGAGCGCCCGCUUCUCUACUCGGGACGGCCUCCCCUACGCUACUGGACGACGUCGCUCCAGACCCUCAUAGCCCUCAUAUCGGAGGCAACCCCUUCCUUUUCUCCCAGCCUUUGUAAACUUUACUUCUUCCUACAGCAAAACACCAUGGAUUCCGCCUACGAUCACAUCCAAGAAGAAAGCUAUCCCGAGGACCCACUGCCGCAACAACAGAGCAACGAGGGGAGUACACCGCAAACCAACGACUUCAACACCGAGCUCCAGGAUGCAUAUAAGGCUAUAUCCAGCAGUCCCUGGGCAGCUCGCCUUGGGGGAUUCCUAGGCUCCGUGAAGAAACAGGGAGAGCAAUACUACACCACAGCAAGCAAACAGCUCCCCGUCGCCAGCGCGAACGCAACCGCAGGCCUCUCCUCCCUGACGAGCCACAUCCGCUCCCUCUCCGUGCAACCUAGUACUCCCUCCUCCUCCUCCUCCAACCCCAACACCACCGCCACCACCACCAAGGACAAAGAAGAUACCGCAUCUACAUCCAAAGCGCCCCCAUCACCAGAAUCGCACCCAGACCGCCCGGAAUCCCUCCCCGCCGACAUCGUCAAGGAAGCCGAAAACAUGCUCGCCCGCUUCCGCUCCGAAGCCGCCAAGCGCAUCAAAGACAUUGAGAAAGCCGAGAACGCCGCCGACGAAGCGCUGCUCAAGUUCGGCACCAACAUUGCCAAUUUCCUGCGCGAAGCCGUCACCGUCGCGCCGCCUGAGGCUUCCGGUGCGCUCGGGGGAGAGGGAUCCGGCGCUGGGUCGUCAAAGGUGCUGUUUGAGAGCCAGGAUAGCGAGGGGAGGAGGGUGAUUCAUACAACAAGGUUUGAUGCGCAGUUGCAUGUGAUUCACUCGUCGCUGGAUUCGUUCAUCAAGGAUCCCGUGAGCCCGCAGUGGGGGCCGUUCAAGGAGGGGUUUGAUGUGGAGAGGAAGACGGAUGCGAUUGCCAAGGACUUGGAGAAGUAUGAGGAGUUGAGGCGGGCGAUGGAGAAGCUGGUUCCCGAGAAGGUAGAGUACAAGGAUUUUUGGUGCAGGUACUACUUCCUGCGACAUGUGAUUGAGAGUGAGGAGCAGAGGAGGAGGGACAUGCUUAAGGCCUCGGCGCCCACAGAAGAGGAAGAAGUCGCCUGGGACGAAGACUCGGACUCGGAACCCGACACGCCCAUCACCAAAACCGCACCCACCGACUCCACCACCAACCUCGCCGCCUCGAAAGAGACGCUGAAGGCGGAGUCGGCAAACGACCUUCUCAAGCCUGCUGCCCAACCUCGUCGCUCCAACGAUGAGAAGUCUGUUGCGGACAGCGACGCGAGCUAUGAUGUUGUGAGCGCCGCCUCUACGCGAGCCCCUUCGAGCCCUAAGAAGGAAGUCGUGGCGGAGGAAAGCGAUGAUGACUGGGAAUAAGGGACUUUUUGUACAUGUGGUUUCGCUGGUAUGAUGGCGUACUUGGGACCUGCGUUGAGCGCUGCUCGUAAUUUUGGAUCGUGGUCCAUUACCUAUAAUUCUGUCAUUCCCAUUAUCUAUCAUACGUUGAGAUUUCG